AAUAAAAGCUUGUAGAGGAACAAAAACAAAAAUAUUAAUAGUGUAUCAGGAUUACCUGAAUUAGGGUUAUCGAUAUGGAUAUUGAUAUUCAUACUCCUUCAAUUCAAGUUUGUAGUGGCUCUUAUCCACGUCCACGGGCAAGUCGUAACUGGUGAAAAAUAAGGAGCAGUGAGCCAACAUGAAGGAACCAUAUAUGACAUCUAUAUCUAUAUCUAUGGGAACACUCCGGUUUGAACUUUUCCAAAUGAUCAUUACACAUUUCCCUCCCCUAAAUCCCUCAGGCCCUUGCCCUAACAACAACCCUAGAAUUCCUUCAACCCCUCGCCUUCUCCUAUGCGCCGUCACUUCUUCUCACACUCUUCAUACUGUUUUGCUUUACAAUGCUUCUUCCCCCUCACAAACGCGAAUCAGUUCAUCUAUUGGCCUCGCUAAAGAAAGUAUUUUCCAUUUUACGGAUUUCUCGCUCUAGCAAACCCAGUAUCUUAUUGUUCUUCUCUCUGUAAAAACUGCUCUUAUUAGAGAUGGACUUUGUUUCGGGAUGGUAGGCUUUCGUGGUAUUUUUUUUACACCAAAAUUAUUGCAGAUGUAAAUUUUAAACACUUAUGCUUCUUGCAGCUAAUUUUAAACAUUUAAUGCUAAUUAACUGUUCACUCCUAAACAUGAUUUUAAUGCUGACCGACCUUUAUCUACGGAUUAUUGUACUUCAUGCAUAUUAAUAUGUACUUUUCAAGAAAUAAUAAAGUGCUUUCUUUUAAAUCGAGUUGGUUUUUUUCCUGAGAUGUUUAUAUAAUUUACAUUAAAUCUAAAUUAUGCAUUGAUUCUAUGGCUGCAUAAAUAGCAAUUAUCACAAAUUCAAAAAUCACAAUCCUUCGCGCGCGCGCGCGCACACAAGUAACGCACCUCAUAUCUAUACGCAAUAAUAAUGGAAGAUCUAAGAACAUCAUCGUUGAAACUGUUCACCGAUCAACAACUCUGCUACGCCGAUAUCCUCACUCCACCCGAGGUUAUAGCCAGAAUCGAAGUUGCAGUGCUCAAUUUCCUCAGGAUCUUAACUUCUCCUGAUCCUGCUAUCUCAGAUCUUCCUCUGAUAAAGAGAAGGUCGAGUAAUAGCAAAGUAAGUGGAGGACUGUUGACCGAUGUUUCUUCGGUUUUUCUCUCUCACUCCUUUUGUAGAAGGUCCUUUAUGAAAGCUAAUGCAGCUAAAGCCUUUGUUAGAGUGUGGAAGGUAAUGGAAAUGUGCUUUCAGAUUCUUGUUGAAGGAAAGAAGGUUACACAGAGGGAACUUUUUUAUAAGUUGCUUUGUGUUUCACCUGAUUAUUUCUCAUCUCAGUUGCAGGUUAAUAAUACGAUCCAAGAUGUUGUAGCCUUGCUGCGGUGCAGCCGACACAGUCUGGGCAUCAUGGCAUCUAGCAGAGGAGUUGUUGCUGGUCGCUUGUUUCUUCAGGAGCCAAACCAAGAAACAGUGGAUUGUACUGAAUGUGGAUCUUCGGGAUAUUCCAUUUCUGGUGAUUUGAAUUUGUUAGACAAAUUGAUUAUGAGGACAGAUGCUCGAUAUAUCAUUGUAGUGGAGAAGCACGCAAUAUUCCAGCGGUUGGCAGAGGACCGUGUGUUCAAUCAGAUUUCAUGCAUACUUAUUACAGCAAAAGGGUAUCCUGAUAUAGCCACAAGGUUCCUCCUACACAAAUUGAGCCGCUCUUUCCCUGAAUUGCUAAUUUUAGCACUAGUUGACUGGAAUCCAGCUGGAUUAGCUAUACUAAGCACCUUCAAGUUUGGAAGCAUAGGAAUGGGUCUGGAGGCAUACAGAUAUGCAUGCAAUGUAAAGUGGUUGGGAGUGCGAGGGGAUGAUCUACAGCUAAUACCUGAAGAGUCGCUAGUCCCUUUGAAGCCUAAGGACCUGCAGAUUGCUAAAAGCUUGAUGUGCUCUGAAAUUUUGCCGGAAAAUCACAGGAAAGAGUUAGCACUAAUGGUUCAAAGUAGAAAAAAGGCAGAAAUUGAGGCUCUAUUCUUCCAUGGAUAUGAUUUUCUCGGAAAGUACAUAGCAAAGAAAAUUGUGCAAGCCAACUACAUCUAGUAGCUGCGCAAGUUCAAGAGAUAGGAAGUAUCAUGUAGCAAUUAGAUGUCAUUGAGAAAAGAAGAAAAUUCUUCAUUGGAAAAAUGGAGACAUCGAGAUGGAAACAUAUAUGAUCUUUUUUGUUGAAUUAGGCCUUAAUGCUCCAACUAAUAGGUUUUCAUCAAUGUAAUUAGUUAUAUUGUUAGACCAGGCAAAGUUCCUACUCCUGAAGAAGACAGUAUACUACAGGAGUCCACAGCUUAUAAUGCAUACAAGAAUUCUUUUUCAAUAGAAUACUAGAAGAAAAAUAAUAAUGCAGUUGAGCCA